AUGGAGAAGGUGAAGAGCGGCUUUAUGGACCUCCCGAGGGAGAAGGUGGACGGGAAGCAGCAGGUGGAGAAUCUAGAGCUUGGAUUCAUCCAGCUCUCUGGAGCGACAGAUGGCAUGAGAGAGCACAUCAUAGUAUAUGAGAGCCAGGGUGCAGGGCCAAACACGCGGCACCAAGAGGAGGAAGCCAGCAGGCUGGCCCAGAACGAGGAGGAGAUGAAGGUGAAGCUGCUGGAGCUGCAAGAUAUGGUGUUGCUGGUUGUGGGCGACCACGAGGGGCAUGACAAAUUCCUCCCUGCUGCCCAGAACCGUGUUGAUGAGCCUGCUCCAGGGGCUCCAGCCCCCCAGGAACUUGCGGCUGCUGAGGAGCAGGGUGAUUUUCACAACAGCGUGGAGCCUGCACUGGCAGAGGCCAGGGAGGGUUCUCCCCGUGACAACCCCACUGCACAGAAGAUCCUGCAGCUGCUUGCUGUAAUGCAGGACACCCAGGAGCACCCAGGCUUGGCCACCAAACCCUGCGUGCCAUUCUUUUACCGGGCAGCCAAGAACAGAGAGAUAAACAUCAUCAUCAUCUGA